GAACCAGCUUUUACCGGAUUCGCAAAGGGCGUAGCAAAGAAUGAUAGUAAUUCAAGAGACCCGCCAGUUACAAGGGUCAAAGCGCUAUACGAUUUUGCACCAUCUGAACCGAGCGAGCUUGGUUUUUCUCGUGGUGAUAUUAUUACUGUAAUCGAUAGUGUCUACAAGGACUGGUGGCGGGGCGAACUGCGUGGGCGUACUGGUAUAUUUCCAGUAAACUAUAUUGAGAAACUUCCCGACCCUACACCUGCAGAUUUGGCACGGGAAGCGGAAAUUGAAGCGUCCGUGUUCGCAGAGUCAAAAAAUAUUGAAAAAUUACUACAAAUGUUAACAACUAUUGAUCCAAACAGGGAUAACUUCUCAGAGAAUGAAGAGAUUCAAAAUCUGUAUCAUUCAACUUUGGCGGUGCGUCCAAAGUUGGUGAAACUUAUUGAAAAGUAUAGCCAGAAGAAAGACGAAUUAAUCGCUUUGAAUGAGAAAUUUACGAAAGCAAGAACGACUUACGACAAGCUAUAUGAAGUGUCUAUCGACAGAUACAAGUACAAUACACCAUACGGCUAUAGCGCACCGACAGAUGCGUAUUCUCCCUAUAACACAAUAACAAAUUCAGCAUAUCCCACACCACCUCCAACCACUCAAUACGAUACGUCAACCACCUACGCUCAGUAUACGUCUUCCCAAACCUCAAUAUACACUCCUCCCGUUCAGCCUGAUUCUCGUCAAGGCGCGUAUUACUCUUCACAAGCGCAGGUCCAACAUGCACUUCCAUUUCCACCUCCUACCCAGGAUAAACCUCGGCAGACCGUGUAUGACACACAAUCUCAGUAUGGUACCGCACCACCAGUAGACGUAUCAACUCAGGCAGCUCCCUACACAGCAGGUAAUUAUUCACCCAUUACGAAUAGAGACCAGCCUCAAAGCACAACAUACGCUUCACCUCAGCAGCAGCAGCAACAACUGCAACCGCAACAACUGCAACCGCAACAACUGCAAACGCAACAACUGCAACCACAACAACUGCAACCGCAACAACUGCAACCACCACCACCACAACAACAACAACUGCAUCAGCAACAACUGCAACAACAUUCAUAUGCAUACCAACAAACCGUUGUUCAAGAUAAGCUUCCGCGUCAAGACACAUACGAUACGCAAUCUCCGUAUGGUGCCACUCCAUCCGUGGACACAUCCGCUCAGGCAGUUGCAUAUACUUCUCAGCAAGAAUACAUGUAA